ACAGCGAGCCAACAGGAAAUAUUGCGCUAUGGAAAACAGAUUACCUGAAGUUCAAAUGACAAGAGUCGCGUAAUGGCGGCCCGUGGGGCGCAUGUGAGCAGACAGGUGGAGGAUGGGUCCAUACAUACUUUACAGGACUUUGUGAACGUGGCAGACCUCCCCACAACUGUCUCCGUGGUCGGAGGAGGGUACACAGGCAGUCAUGUACGUAUCUCACGCGGAGAUGUGUUGUUACUCAGGUCACACCUACCUAAAGAAGUUACUCUAGCGUUUCACAGCGAGGACACAGGCGCUCGGAAGGAAAUACCGUGUUCCCUUGAAUCGUGCUUGAAGUUCGUUGUAUUACCUCCUAAAAACAAGGGCCAGCUUUGCGACAGUCAUGAAUCUCUGUACACAUCAGUGAGCGACCUACUUAAGGAUUGUCCGACCUAUUUUCAAGCCACGGAGGAUUACGAUGACCCCUAUUUACCUGGGUUUUCAGUUAGACAAGGAGACAAGUUCCGCUUUUUGCGUACAUUCAAGGACCCGCGAGAUGACAAAGUUCGCCUGGAGUGCAAGGAUAAUAGUGGCAAUGUUAUCAGAUUGUCAAGUGAUUGCAAGGGCUACUUCCGUGUCCUCGAGGACCGGUCAGUGUAUACUUUGCGGGAACUGGUCAAUCAGGCCCGGGUGAGCAGACGACUUCGGCUGUCCACAGAUAACGUGCAGCUCCAGCCAAUAAGAUUGAAGAGAAUCAGUUCUACCGAGAAUUCAGAGCCGAAUUUGCCCCACAAUGAACCACCUCCUUCCCCUUUGGUUCAGAUUCCAUUAACCUUUAAAGGGGUGAUACACUUACGGAAGCCCGAGGAGAUGUUGGAAGUUUCGCCGUGGGGGGAGUUGGAUACGAGAUGGAAAGUACCUGUCAGUGUUAGUUUGCAAGUGAGACAAUUUUCGCAGAAUGACUAUGAAGUGCCAGUGAAGCAGAAAAUUGUUUCUAUGAAAAUUGACGACUUCAUUGGAACAUAUGAAGAGGAUUUCCCAGUGGUGGCUACGAUUGUGAAUUAUCCACAGAUUCAUACAGAGUUGACAAACCAUUUAAAGAAUGUGUCUGAUGUCAUAGUGCACAACGUGAAAAGCGCUAAGCGUCUUCUAGCAAGGACUAGGACCAGGUUUUACAGCAUUGAUAGCAAUGUUAGAGCAUCCUUUUCUGAAUUUCCAAAAUCUUUCAGAUUCAUUCGAGAUUUGUUACAAUGCCAAGCUGGUACGGAAGUACGAGUAAUGGGGGACAUUUUCUCUGAUUUUCCCAAACCAUUCUGUUUAAGAUAUGGAGACAUCCUCCGACUAGCCAGCAAGGAACCAGAGAAGUUUAAGAUGAAGAAAAGUUCCUUCAAAGAAUGUGAGGUUAUCAGAUUUCAAAGGAUAGCGGACAAUGGGUAUUCUGUUCCCAUGCUCUUGCCACCAGAUCUUGAAAUCAAAACGAUGGAGAUAACAAGUGUGCAUUCCCACAGGCCUCAUUAUUUGGCAGAUAUUAUCUCAGGUGCUGACCUUCCCUCAAGAACGGUAACUGUGUUGCAAGAGGAGAGCGAGAGUAGUCUCCCCUUGCCAAGCCGGUUUCGCCUUUUGACAGUCGUUUCUGAUGAGGUGCUAGUCAUAUCCCCUCUGGAUUAUUCUCAAACUCAGGCCAUAAGUCCAAUCCUGGAAAGUUGCAUUGAAAUUCCAACGAGACACAUGGUGCAUUUUGCCUAUUCCCGAAAGCUGAGUUUCCCUGAUAAUUAUUUUGUGUUUCCAAGGGCUCGCCAUACUAUUACCAUCCGUGUGGAGAAGAUCACAGAGGAAAUGACAGAUGAAAUGAGAACCAAAUCAAACCCGUAUGAAGAUGUCGCCUACAAUCCAACCCAAACACCAAUGAGGCUUCCUAGGUCUUUAUCCGCGGGUGCCCUAGACAAAGUGAAAAAGCGGAAGAAGAAUCCCCUGCAGCGAUUGAGUCGCGCCCUCAACCCGAUAAACUGGAGACGUAGCCACGCCCCCACCACCCUCAGUCGGCUCUCCCAGGAACCCCCGACACCGACCAACGACUACGACCAACCACCAAAGAGCCCCGGGGCCCGCAGCAAUGCAGAGGAUGACCCCUACGAACAAAUCAACAUCCAGAUCGGAGCCAGUCUUGCCUCAGCCAACCAAACGUACAGCCACACUGACAUUGCCUCAGCAAGCGAAAAACGCAACAGUUUCUAGUGAUACGCGUCAAGGAGUCGCGAGACACUAGCAAUGUCAUAUCCCACAGAGGAGGAAUCCCAAGAACAACCGCCAUAUGACGACUUGUUCCCUGUGGGCAAAUAAUGACUUGUAUGUAAAUUGUACCGUAACAGCAUCUGUAGCCUGGCCGUCAGUCGGGAGUUGUCCUUAUAAUAGUAGCACAUACACCAUGCUGGCAUGUGUGUUUGUCCAAUCAGUGUGAUAUAGUCAGGUUCGGAUAUAGCGAACACCUACAGGCUCUACCAAUUCGUUUUAUGCGAACUUCGUUGUUUUCAUACUAAUAACGUUAAUUUUAAAUUCUGAGUGAUGGAAAUUGUUUGGUUACAAUAGCAUAUUUAUUACAUCCCAUUUUGGUUUAUUUUUUUAUUUUUUCAAUGUAGGCUUUUAUUAUGGUUUGAGUAGAUUAUUUAUUGUAUGGUGUAUCGUAAAAGGUCACAUGAUAUUUCUCAGUCUCCACCAUCCGUUUAUUGUUGUGUGAGUGAGUGAGUAUGGUUUUACGUCGCUUUUAGCAAUAUUCCAGCAAUAUCAAGGCGGGGGACACCAGAAAUGGUCUUCAAAUAAAGUACCCAUGUCGGGAAUCGAACCCGGGUCUUCGGCGUGACGAGCGAACGCUUUAACCACCUGGCUCCCAGACCGCUCCCGUUUAUUGUUGAGAUAUAAGGAAGAGGUUACCAUAUCUCUCCGAAGAAGUGUAAAUGGUUCAGUUUCAAGUUGGCUAGACUUGCCACAUGUUGAAAUUGAGGCUCAAUAACAGGAAAAUAUAAGAUAAACACAUUUUCAUUACCUUUUAGUAAUCUAAACCAUUUUCAUAAGCAUGUGUUUAUGAAACGUUAUGAAAUAGUGAUGACACCAGGUGUUCGCGAAAAGUGAGCAUAUUCUGUCCCAACGGUGGCACUGUCACAAAUACAUGCAAAGGCAAGUCCGUGUUCACGAAAAAACAGCCAUAACAAGUAGGAUAGAAUUAUUUUGUAUUUGCAUUUUAAAGAAAUCCUCAUUUUCGUCACUUCUCAUAAUAGAAUCGGGAGAACAGUGGAUGACAAAUUACAAGGUAGUCAAUGGGAGAUGAUAGCAUUGUUAUGUUGAAGUAUUCCGUCUAAUGAGCCCUCGGUUGACUUGGAAUAUAGUUCUGUCAACUCGGUUAACGCAGUGAACAUAUGAAUGGUACCGAGCUUUAUCUGAUAGUUUAUCAUACGUUUGUUUUCUACCAGGGUCAUCUGGAGUUCUGAUCAAAAUAACAAAAUUGGAAGCAUAUUUAAUGCCAAACACCCCUCUCUUUAUAAUAUAGAGAAAGUUCGAAUAAUAGUGUAUACAUAGCGAGGUGUGUUUAGUGGAGUUUCGUCGUAUUAAAUGAGAAGUUCAGAUUCCUGUGGUUCAUCGGGUUACAAGAGGAGCAUGCUGGCAAUGUUAGGUAUCAAGCCAUACAUACUCAUUGUUACUUAACUUUAGAAAAAGAACAGAGCUUGUUAAGUGUGAGACAAAUUAAUCGUGCCUGAAUGAACCUCGACCAUGAUUUUACCAGUGAACGCGAUAUUACCGGAAGUGGACUAUAUAUCUUUGAAUCGUUUAUUUUCAUUGAAGGAAAAAGUACAGAUUGCACAGGAUUGAUUUGAUAAAUGCUGAUUUGACAUAGUAAGUUAGCUUCAACAAUGAGCUUCUGGUAGUAGUUCAUAGUGUGUGUGCAUGUUUGCACUGUUGGUGAAUAGGUAAACUAUUUCAACAUUAAAGAUGUUUGUCAAAUGAAACAAUUCUUAUUAAAUUAACGGAUAGUUCUUACACUUUGAAUCAGAAACGGGUCAGUUUCAAGCCCAUCCUGAAUCGCCAGACCCACAACACUAUAUUUUUGUCCAUUGAAAUGGCUCUACAACCGUGAAAUAAGAUGAUUUAGUGUUGAAACCUAAUUACUUCUCGUUGCACAUCUAUCUCUGUACCCUAGCUGUGUCAAUGAGAAGCAAACACCUAUGUAAUGAACACUGUGGAGCUGACAAGGUUGUCCAGAAUGAGACAUUGAAGAGUGCUUUCACAUCUCUCAAGGAUCUAUCAUUGCACAUCAUGAAAUUGUAAUUAGUAAAAUAUGGAGUCGUUUCAAGUAGUUAUAUUUCUUCCUCAAAAGAGAAGGUGGGUUAGCAACGUUCAUUUGUAAGACUAUAUGGCACAUAUAACGUCCAAUAGUACACUCGACAAAUGUCAAGGUCGUAUGAUGAUGUAUGGAUCGUCUAUAUCAUGGUCACGUUUGAAGGCUUAUGUUAUCAACUGAUGCUAUAUAUAGACCUAGCAUGCAACAUGCAGGGGUGAAGGUCAACGUCAUUCACACUGAAUUGACCCUGAAUACCUUGUACAGGUGAACGUUAUUCGAAUAAAUUUGAGAGUAUGCGGUCUGUGAACAAUUAAAGAUCUUGACAAAGUAGUUAAGAUCUUAACUUAAGUUACAAUUGAAAUACCGUGUACACGUCUUUCAACUGUCCGCUGUGUUAAUCCAUAAUGUUUAUCCACUAGUGAUCUGGUUAGGCACGACAAAUAUCUUACAGAAAUGCAUUUAGUACACGAUAUAUUAUGGCCAGCUUAUUUCCAAGACUUUUGUCACAACUUAUAUCACGUUCAUAUCCAACAACUUAUUUUCAACUACAUAGAUAAAUAUAUUACCAUGUUGAUACUAUGGUGUAACAACUUGUACAUAAUAUAUACAAUAUACUGUUUGUAUGUACCCCGAACAUUUUACUUUUUAGUUCAACACUUUAUUUAACCCCGAUACAUAUCUUCGUAUUUUAAUCAAUGAUUAAUCGUUUCUCUUAUGUAUAAACAUGCAUAAUUAAAUGUAAGACGUCUGUUGUAUCUGUACCUCCAAUCCUAAAAUUGUAUCAUUAACACAGGAUUGUGUGACAUUGUCGUUAAUGACAUUGAAAUGUUAUAGCGAUGCAAUGGAACUUUUCAAAACUGAAAUGGAUCAAAGACGAUUAUUUUUUUAUGUUACUACACGAUUCGACAUACAACAUAUUAAGGUCACUAUUCUACUCGACAUAAACGAUUUAAUAUUAAGGUCACUAUUCUACUCGACAUAGACGAUUUAAUAUUAAGGUCACUUCUCUACUCGACGUAGACGAUUUAAUAUCAAGGUCACUAUUCUACUCGACAUAAAGACGAUAUAAUAUUAGUUUCUACAUUUACCCGAGAUGUGUUAAGUUAUAUUUCACAAAGUCACAAACAACGUUAUGAACUUUAUAUAUGUGUACUGAUUGUUAUUGUUACUGUAUAAUGGUGAAUGUUUGUGUUGAUAAGAUGAGGCAUGUACAUACACGUCCUAUGUCUUAUCACUGAGACACAGUCGUUUUUGUGUUCUGAAGAUAUGCAUUACUCCUGAAUAUACGUUAUGAGUAAUGUUGGUUUGUUGUAAACUAAUAACAAUAGCGCCUAUGCGUAAUUCUAAUGGCCACAAUACUUAUCGAUGGUCGAGUACAAUAUAUACAUGUAAACAAGUAUAUAUCCGGUGAUUAUGCAAAUGUGGAUGUGAUGGACAUAUAAGACAUUUUCUUGUUUCCUUUUACGUUUUAAAAAUAAUUGGGUAGGUAGGUCGAAUUUUGAUUUGAUUAUAUUUCGAUUUCCCAACCACAAAAAACUAAAUUCACAAGUGUACCUAACAUAAACAGUGCCAAUUAUUAGAAAAUCACGAACAGCAAUGGUAGGCGGGUUCCAGAAAAUCCGGAUGGGAAAUAACUGUAACAGGCGAAACUGGAACAGAAGCUAGCAUGCAAAAAUAAAUUCAAAAUAAUCUCGCCGAUGUUUUGGGUCGGUCGGUGAUCCGAAACAGGAAGAAAAUAUAUAUGUGGUCCAUUGCGUUUUCUCAUGUAAACAACCUAUAGGCUAUCAUUAAAGUUUACAGACGAUUGUGCUGUGAUUUUAGAACUAUUUUCAUUGAAUGUUGAUUUAUCUAAUUGUACCAGUGUUAUUUAAGCAAGCCAAUCUUGUCCAUCAAAGAGCAUUCAUACAACACUCGUGUUCAAACUAAAGAUCGUUUAGUCCUGCCCGAUUGUCGACUUAAUAAACACGUGUGUAUCGUGUGUAAGUUCUCAGCCUGGAAGAGGAUUCUGAAAGUAUAAGAAGGCUCGAAGAUCUUCGGGAUGAAAAUGUCUGUUGCCUUUCACUUGCCCAAAUAAUCCAAGUCAGUCAAGUAAUGCAGCUUUCUUGCCCAAUUCCGAAGCAUGUGUGUGAAAAGGUUGAAGAGGAAGAACUGGCAAGUGCACACACUCUGGUCAAGCCUGUUGCUCAUAUCCCCGUGCACGGACAACUCAAAUCCUUGUAAUGAAGACAUACAGUCAUGGAGCAUGGUUUGCACGUGCAGUAUGUAUGACAGAACACAUAUCCCGUGCACGGACAACUCAAAUCCUUGUAAUGAAGACAUAGUCAUGGAGCAUGGUUUGCACGUGCAGUAUGUAUGACAGAACACAUAUCCCGUGCACGGACAACUCAAAUCCUUGUAAUGAAGACAUACAGUCAUGGAGCAUGGUUUGCACGUGCAGUAUGUAUGACAGGUGUCGUUUGUUAGGUGUUUUUCGCAGCACUCGGCAGUCUCCUGUUAUAUCACAAAGACCUGUAUAUCAUUGGGUUUGGACCAGCCAAACCAGUGGUUUAUAAUGUGAGCAACGUCCCAUGCCGUCGGGAUACGUCGACAUGCAACAUUCCAUGUCAUGGAGUCAGACACCGGGUCACCACUGUAAAAACCCACAUCUCAAACAUGGUUGUUUAAGUUAAAUAUUACUGCAAACGUAGUUGAUGUUUCUAGAUAGUCACACAACAAAUGCUCAGAUAGAAUGGCAGGGCAAUGUUGAAUUUAAGUCGUAGAUUAUCCACCAUGCUUGCAUUAUAUAAUUUAUUGUAUACCGGGGGUACUGUUAACCCAUACAUCACAUUGUAAUCAAGUGAGCAUGUGAGUUUGGUUUAACUCAGCUUGUAACAGUAUUCCACUUACAUCACGUGUGCCAACUUGAUGAGAGAGGAUAGCCCAAAGUGAUGCAGGUCAUGGACGUUUGGCGUGAUAAUCAUUUUUUUUUUUUAAGGAGAAUUGAGUUUUUACAUGCAUGACUAAGCCAUGGCUGUUGUAAACUGAGUUCGGAAGAAUGAAUAGUUUGAUUCCAGGAUAUUCAGGUCAUUGAUCACAACAGGUCAGAUUAACUGAUGAAGGUCUAGUCGUAUUUGCGACCAGUCCAUGUCAGAUGAUAAAAGAUGGACAGUACAUAGCUUGGACAACUAUGGUAUAUGCUCCUCUUCCAGAUUUUUCAGGGUUCAGGGGAGUUAUCUGGACGGAUGCAUAUUUACUGAAAGCCGCACAUUGCAAUGGAAUGAUGUUGAAAAUGUCUGUGAAAUUGGGUAGGGAAAUACAUAUGGAGCAAAAUGUGUUGCUUUCGCAUAAUAGAACCCUUCUUAAAGCACCAUUAUCAAUCAAAAUUGGUGUCAUCGGAUAUAUAAAUUGCUAGCGGCUGUAUCAGAAUCACGGUCGUGUUCUGCAACUAAGUGCCUUUAUUGUAUACCCUUCUUUGUAUAUUGAACAUUAACAUGGUUAUGUUUUUUUGUCUAUAUACAUUUUCGUGUAUAUUAUUCUGUACUGGUGGUAUGAAACAACAUUUUAACAGAGAAAUUGUUUAAAAAUAACAUGAAUCUGAAAUCAAAUCUGCCGAAUGAAUGUUGCUACUACCUGAAGCAAAUAAAACUUAAUGAUUGAUGAAA